AGACGAACCAAUCGUUCUAGUGAGACGUCGCCAAGUCGUUGCAGGCGUCGUCCAACAAAGGCGAAAAGUUAAGGCUUUGGGCUGUGGAGAGUGAAUCGAAUGUCGUGGUGGGGUUGGAGGUAAAGUUCACGUCAAAGCGGAAGGCACGACGCACCAAUGAGCGCAGCGGAAAUCCCCGUGACGCGAGAGCUUGAAUCUUGUCGGCGAACCUCAACCUUUGACACCGUCAGCGAAGCACCUUCACAUCACCCUCCACAGUCUACCCAGCCCUCUCGACACGUUCAAAAUGUCUGGCAUGCUCGGCAACGUCUACAACGCGGUCCUCCGCAGCAACACUACCAUGUUGUUCGCCGUCUUUGGCUCCGCCUUCGGUCUGCAACUCGCAUUCGACACAGGCUCCGAGAAGAUCUGGGACAGCAUCAACCGCGGCCGUCAAUGGAAGGACAUCAAGCAGCGAUACAUGGAGGCCGCCGAGGACGACGAGUAGGAUUUCAGCCAUACCACAGUUCGAACAUGAAAUAGACUCUUCUUUACGGUUCUUUGGAG